UAGAUUGCCCUCCACCAUCAGCGCCAUCUUCUGCCAAAUAGUGAUCUUUCGUUUCACUUGUAUGAGCCAGGUGAGGGUGACGCGUGCGCACUGAGGCUUGGUGGCACUUCCUGCUAAAUAGUGUUACUUGGCAACCAGUGGGUAAAAGCGACCAGGCUGCAUAUUGGGGUAUGCGUUGUUGGGACUCAGAAGAAAAUAAGUAAAUCGUAAUGGGUUUUGGGGAGUAGAAAUCCCCUGUAGAAUCAGCUGAAAAGACUCCUGAUAUUCCCAGACCGUGAUGGACGAAGCCCUAGAAUUGACAGAGCUUCCGGCAAAGAAAGCUCGACACGAGUUGCUGGAUUCUGAAGAGCUUUCACCAAGGACAGAGGGGAUGCCAGAUACUCGCAGCCAGGUGGGUGGCGUGGAAUCUGCUGCUCACAAACCUGAACCUGCUAGCUUCCUGGACUCCAGCAUGACCCUUCUCAAUGAAGUUAAAAGAGAAGAGCCUGAUCCAGUGAGUCAAUCUGGGAGAGACUCGGCAGACCCAUACACAGAGGCGGGCUUUAACACAAAGACAUCGCAUGAAUAUACCUCACAACUGUACCAGACAAGCAAGUCAUACACGCACAUCCUUUCCCCAUCUGUAGCAGCACCGGCCAUCACAACGUACUCUGGACAGCCUCAGUACCCCGCCUCCUCUCAAUCUACCACUUACAAUGCCUACCCGCAAGCUAGCCAGAACUACGGCCUACCUCCGUUCGGUGCCAUGUGGCCAGGUAUCAAGUCUGAGAGCGGCUUGUCUGAGGCUCCGUCUGUUGCACAGCCUGGUUUCCUCAGUUUCAGCACAGCGUUUACCUCAACCCAGCCUGCUCAAGCACACUAUUCAUAUCCUGCCCAAGGUACCAGUUUCACAAGCGUUUAUUCCAGUAUCCCUGCUGGUACAGCAACAGCGACUGUGGGACAACAGGAAUACCCUAAUUACACCACCCUGGGCACAAACCAGUUCCCCCAGUAUUACGCAGCUCCAAGCUUUGUGCCAGGCGGUGUUGCAGACAGCAGUGCUGUCAGCGGUCUUGUCAAUACUGUAGCCUACCAGAGUGUGAAGGCAGAGAUUCCUGCUCCUGCUGGGCAGCCUCCAGCAACAGCAGACUCCUCAGCAGGGUCGCCUCUGUCUGCGGCUGGCAGAGACCCAGAGGAGACGGGCCACCGGAACAGCAGCGGGAAAUCAAAAGGGAAAGGAAAGAGAUCGGAUGCAUCCCAAACAGCCGAGAGCGACCUGGAGAGAGUGUUUCUGUGGGAUCUGGAUGAAACUAUUAUUGUUUUCCAUUCACUGCUCACCGGUUCCUUUGCACAAAAGUUUGGAAAGGACCCAGCCACAGCUCUUACACUCGGUCUGCAGAUGGAGGAGCUGAUCUUUGAGGUGGCAGACACACAUUUAUUCUUCAAUGACCUGGAGGAGUGUGAUCAGGUUCAUGUGGAGGAUGUUGCCUCUGAUGACAAUGGUCAGGAUCUAAGCAACUAUAAUUUCACUACGGAUGGCUUUAGCAGUUCUGGCAGUGGCGCGGGCCCCUGCUCGGGAGCUGGCGUGCAGGGAGGGGCGGAGUGGAUGAGGAAGCUGGCUUUCCGAUACCGCCGCCUGAAGCAGAUCUACAACACCUACAAAGGCAACAUUGGGGGACUCCUCAGUCCGAUGAAAGGGGAUUUACUGGGUCGGCUUCAAGGGGAUGUUGAAGCUGUGACCGACUCUUGGUUAGGGACUGCAUUAAAAUCUUUGCUACUGAUUCAGUCCAGAGGGAAGUGUGUAAAUGUUUUGGUCACAACAACCCAGCUGGUGCCUGCCUUGGCCAAGGUGCUCCUGUACGGACUUGGAGAAGUGUUCCCCAUCGAAAACAUUUACAGCGCCACAAAAAUAGGGAAGGAGAGCUGCUUUGAGCGAAUUGUGUCUCGCUUUGGGAAGAAGGUGACCUAUGUGGUGAUCGGAGACGGCCGUGAUGAGGAGUUUGCAGCUAAACAGCACAACAUGCCCUUUUGGAGGAUAUCGAAUCACAGUGAUCUCCUAUCACUAUACCAGGCUCUGGAGCUGGACUUUUUAUAAGGAGAGAAAGGCGGGGUCCGGAACCGAGGUAUAACUAGAGGACUGUAGGUCUGGACUCCUAUAGAGGACUGUAAGUCUGGACUCUUAGACUGUAAAAGGACUGUCAAACCUGAUCCACAGAACAAGGACUAUUGGCCAGGAUUCACACACUGUCUCUAAGGAAAGCUAAUCCUGUGCUGAUCUGGUUGAAUAGACUGAAUCCUGAGGUAUGCAAUUGUCACGCUCACAGAGUGCUGGCUCUGAGAAUUACAGCUGUAAAGUGUGCAGUCUGGUCCUAACACGGGACACAGCUGUAUGAGUUACAGGCUGGGUCCAGGGACCAGUGAUCCUGGUGGCGCACAUACAUUCAUUUGUACAAAAGGGAAUGCAGAUUCACACUCCUAGCUGGUCCAACCUAUGGACCCAAUCCAAUACUUGACAUACUCACCCAAAGCAUUGCCAUCAUGUCAUAGAUGGUGACUCAUGAAGCAUUGUUUCUCAUGUCAUAGAUGGUGACUCUCUAACUGCCUGUUCUACACAUGCAAACAAUACUAUACAUGCUAUUUGGAGUGGACAGUUCGGACAUCAGGCUUGUAGGGUUUUAGUAUAGACUAACAUUCAGAUCUUAUCCAAAGGGAAUGUUCUGGUCCAUCUUAAUUACCUUAUUUUUUUUUUGUUUAAUUACAGUAUAGUUGUAUCUAAUCAUGUAAGAUAGGAGUGGCCUCAUUUAACUGUUACAUUUAUAAAACAGAUGUGCUCAAAGUUAGAUGCAGGUGUUGAAAUAUUUCUUUUGCAUAUGGAUUUUGAGCCAUUGGGGGUUUAAUCACAUUAAACUAUCAUCAAUUCGUUUUAGUUCAGUUUUGUCAAAAUGAAGCUUGUAGUAUUUCUUGGAAUGACUCAAACUGCUAUGCGACGGGAGUCUUAUUUCCAUCCCCAAUGAGCGAUACAGGCAGGACAUCCUGCUGGGUACCUCACUGUUUCUGCUCUUUAUUGCAUUUACUUUUUUUUUUUUUUUUUACCUUUCAAUAUCUGUUACUAAAAAAGAUGAACGUGAACAUUGGCAAUAGACCUUUUUUUGUAUGGAUUUUCUAAUUCAACUUAAGCACAGGUCCAAGCCGUGUUCCUCAAUUUCCAGUCUGUGUUUUAGACCAGGUGUUAUACAGUUUCAGUAAUUUGCAGUGAACACAGUCCUUGUAAUUUUUCCUGUGUCUGGUUUAUAUGAAAAUGUAGAGUUCAGUUUGCAGGUGAAUUUGAGGAAUACUGUUAAUCAACGGUUCCUUACCACAGCUGGUCAUUUUGAGCAGUUUUCAUCUUGCUCAGAUUACCAGCUUUUUAAAUGAAGGUUGUUAUACUUGGUAAAAUCUAAGACAUUUAGCAAAAAACAAAAAAACUUUCUGUGUUAACAUAGCAACGUUGUGGCUGCCACCGAGUAAGUAGACCAGCUAUAACAAUACCCCCAUGACUCAAGCUGCCAACCAGAACGUCCUUAUCCACAUGGUCAACUGUUACCACUGAGUUUGUCGUUUACUCCCAGCAAAUUCAUGCUCUGGCCUGACUUUUAAACAGUGUACAUAUUGUAACAGUCCAUGCCUUUUGAAUACAUCUAUUUUGAAAUAAGAAAUAUUAUAAAAAACUGUAUAGGGUUGAAGCAUAAACUUGUACUAGGCCUGAAAUGUGUUACUCCUGUCCUAACCGGGACAAACAGGAACAGGGUCUGCAGCCUCCCACACUUCCUGGCUAGAUUAUUUACCACUACUGUAUGUUUUGAUGCAAACCUCUCUUCCAGGAAAUGGGCUGAGAUCUCCCAAACUCAUUUUAAUCAAGUCAGGGAUCCAUUUUUUGAGGCCAUUAUAACCCACAAUACUGCCUGGCUGCCCACAAACAGUUACUGCGCUAUCUUUGCAAACUCGGAAUGCCUUGGAAUGGUAUGUAAGAUCACAGUGAGUUCAGACACAGUCCUGAAUGUGUGUUUGAGGAUCUGACGGCUACGUAUAAAAGCUUCUCAUUAACACUUUAUGAGAGUCCCGUCUAUAGGAUCGGCACAUUUUAUUUUGUUAGGGUUUUUUUUUUUUUUUUUACUUGCAAAGUCAGUAAUGGGACAGUAUCUCAGACCUUGCCGUGGUCACUAUAGGAUUGUUGACCUUUUGAAUAGUUGUGUAUUAGUUGUCAAAUGUGAAAAAAUUGAGCCUGAGCAAAUUGCAUUUUCUUACAGCAGCUUGACAUAAAGAAUGUGUAUACAACAUGUUUUGUUUGUGUGUCUGUAUAUAUAUUUAUAUAGUGCCUUUUAACCUAUGGUAACAAUAAAUCCUAUAAAUGGAAACUAAAAAUGGGACAGGUUCUUUAGUUUGGUGGCGUGGUUGCGUUAUUUAGUUUAGUUCAGUUUAAGUUGACUUUCGGUAAACCACACAGACUUUAAAGCUGUAGUAACAUCAGUUUAAUAGUGAGACUGAAAGAAUACAGAGCACUGAAAUGACGCCAGGUUUUUUAGUUUUAUUGUCAGAAAAGCCCUGGUUUCAAAAGUUUUCAUUUAAAGUUUAAAAAAAAAAAAAUGGAAUAAGUUGAAUGCCUGCUGUAUGCAUGCAGUUUGGACGUUAACUGGAGAACUUUCCAAAAUCCAUGCCAGGCAAAAUUGCAUCAUGUUACUAUGGUACUUUUUAAUGUAUAUUUUACUAUGUUUGUUUUUUUCUACUUUUGUUACAAUACCUUUUAAAUUCAGAGACACAAUAUACAUUAGUCUCUUAAUGCUGGCAAAGACAAUCAGGUGUUUUCCUGUAGGUAGGUAAAUACCAUAGAGUUUGAGCAUGUGGGCGAUUAACAGGGGAAAUUCUUCUUUGUUGCUUGUGUCCAAUACAUGCAUAGCAUCACAAUACAAGGUAAAAGGCUAUUAAGUGAAUGUUGUUAAGUAAUUAUCUGUAACAUUUUGUUAUCACUGUCUAGCUAAAAAGUGAAUUAAACUGUGUCCAUCUAAGUUCUCUGAUUUGCUUGUUUCUCUGUCAAAAGGAUUAGUGUCUCAGUGAUCUGCAUGCUAUAGACAAUCAUAUAGAAAAGGAUUAGUGUCUCCGUGAUCUGCAUGCUAUAGACAAUCAUAUAGAAAAGGCUGUUCCCCCUUAUUUAGGGACAUGCACAUUUAAAGAUGAACAAUAACAGUAAAGCAUUGCAUAGCCGUCACAGCGCCCCUUUUUAGAUGUACUGUCCUCUGUCAAAAGGGAAUGGCCACAUAACUUUUUUUGAGUGCUUUCUUUACAAAGACCCUGUACAGGCAAAAAUACAGUUUUGUGACCAAUUCUUAAAAAUAAAUAAAAUGAUGUUUUAUACCAAGG